CUUGGGGACCGCCCACUUCCGGUAUCGCUCAUGGCUCCCGCUGCGUUGAUGGAUUAAUGGUGGCUGUGUGGUCUGUCUGCUGUUUUCCCCUCGGAUUGGCAAUUUAAUGUGUUGGAAAAUAUUUGGCCUUCGGGUGCGUAUUUUAAGAAUACCAACCAUAUCGGGAAAAUGACGGUAGGUGUAUGGGUCACUUAAUGUUAAUGUAGUGCACCGUAAAAGGUUUCUCUCUUUUUUAGGUAGAGCUGCCUAUAUUUGAAGAUUGGUUUUCCGGAUAUUUAAUCAGGAUUGCAGGGUGGUAUCCAGUGGUGCUGCUGUUUUGCUCCGUGCUGUUUUGAUCCGUGCUGGUUUUGCUCCGUUUGCUUCCGGUGUGACGCGAACUGUGCUACCUCGUGGGGCUUCUUGUGCGACGUGGGUUGUGUCAUGCCGUGUGUGUGUGACAUUGUACCGCGUCGUUUCGCGUGGAAUUGGUAGAUUUUGAUCUUUUGUGACCCUAUGUCCAGGCUUGUAAACCCGUCUUCCAAUAUUUUGAGUCCCAUAAGGAGGGUUUUUGUGAAAGUUGGGUCACCUGGGUAUUUUUAUUGAAACUGUAUUUUUCUUUUUUUGUGGGGUUAACGAUUGCUUCAUUGAUUCUGUCUUGUUUCUGAAUGUUUUGAUUGUAUUUUUAGUGUAUGAUAAAUUUUAUUUGUUCCCUCUAUUUUAAUGGAGUUGUGUGAUUUUAGUCUUAUUUUAAUUGAGUAAAUGUUUUUUUUUUUUUUUGUUUUAUGUGAUUUUUACAUUGUCAGUAAAGUAUUAAAGUUUCAUCUCUGCAUUCAUUCUUCUGUUUCCUACCCUGGAACAACGAACCUGUGUUCCUUUUGAUGGUAUAAUGAUGGUUCCCUGUGCCUAACAGGGUGGCAUAGUCGGUGUAAUUGUUUUACUAAAUUUGUAUUUCUGGUUAGCCUGUUCCGCCAUAAUUUGGUGUGACUGGCUCUAGUGAUCAGAUAAAGCUAUCACUGCUUAGUCCACUUUGCCACACAUAACUGUGGGGCUUUGUAAGAGGAGGCUGUGCCCCCUGUUGUAGCCUUCACUAUUCAAGGUAUGAACAAAUAGUCUCCACCUUUUGAACAAAGUAGGCAUGGCGGAUCAUAAAAGAGCAAAUGUUCGCUCAGGUACUGCGGCUUGAGACCAUUUAGUGCUGUAGAGGUUAACAGUAGUAUUUUAUAAUCAGUACAAAAUUUGACUGGGAGCCAAUGCAGUAUGGAUAAGAUAGGGGUGAUGUCAUAUCUUCUGGUUCUAGUAAGCACUAAUGCAUUCUGGACUAACUGGAGCUUAUUUAAGCACCUUCUGGAACAUCCAGGCAGUAAAGCAUCACAAUACUCCAACCUAGAGGUAAAAAAAAGCAUGGACUAGUUUUUAUGCUUCAUGUAGUGCCAUUAUACUUCUUAUCUUAGCAAUAUUUCUGAGAUGAAAGAAGGCUAUCCUAGUAAUAUUAUCUAUGUGAGCCUCAAAUGAAAGACUGGAAUCAAUAAUCAUAUCACGGUCUUUUACCGCUACACAUUAUGAAACAGAAAUGCCAUCCAGAGAUACUAUGAAAUCAGAAAGCUUACUUCUAGCAUGUGGUUGUAGUACAUCUGUUUUGUCAAAAUUAAGUAGAAGGAAGUUAAUAAGCAUCUGGUGUCUAAUGUCCUUUCCACAUUCCUCAACUUUAUUAAGCUGGUGUCUCUCAUCUGGCUUUGCUGAAACAUACAACUGUGUGUCGUCAGCAUAACAGUGGAAGCUAAUACCAUGUUUACAAAUAAUUUUACCCAGAGAGAGCAUAUAUAAAGAAAAAAGCAAUGGGCCUAAAAUAGAACCUUGUGGGACACCAAAUUUUACCUUAGAAUGUGUAGAGACAUCACCAUUUACAUCUACAAACUGAUAACAAUCAGUCAAAUAAGACCUGAGUCAGAAAAGGACAAUUCCAUUAACUCCAACAACAUUUUCUAGUCUAUCUAGGAGACUAGCAUGAUCAGUGGUGUCAAAAGCUGCACUAAGGUCAAGCAACACAAGCAAGGAGACACAACCCUGAUCAGAGACUAGUAGUGGGUCAUUUACCUCUUUAACCAGUGCUGUCUCUGUGCUAUGAUGAGGCCAUGCAAUAUAAUAAUGCAAUAAGGUAAUGCAAUAUCAAAUGCAAUAUAAAAGGGUUGUUAAACCCCUUGAAUUACAGCCGAAAGUCUACACUUCAAUCAUAUCUUGAUUGCUUCAUUUCAAAUCCACUGUGGUGCUGUAUAGAGGCAAAAUUACGAAAAUCGUGUCACUGUCCAAAUACUUAUGGACCUGACUGUAUAUAUACAUAUGUACAUACAUAUACAGAUACAUACAUACAUACAUACAUACAUACAUACAGUCAGGUCCAUAAAUAUUGGGACACAAUUCUAACAUUUUUGGCUCUAUACGCCACCACAAUGGAUUUCAAAUGAAACGAACAAGAUGUGCUUUAACUCCAGACUGUCAGCUUUAAUUUGGAUUUACAUCCAAAUCAGGUGAAUGGUGUAGGAAUUACAACAGUUUGCAUAUGUGCCUCCCACUUGUUAAGGGACCAAAAGUGAUGGGACAAUUGGCUUCUCAGCUGUUCCAUGGCCAGGUGUGUGUUAUUCCCUCAUUAUCCCAAUUACAAUGAGCAGAUAAAAGGUCCAGAGUUCAUUUCAAGUGUGCUAUUUGCAUUUGGAAUCUGUUGCUGUCAACUCUCAAGAUGAGAUCCAAAGAGCUGUCACUAUCAGUGAAGCAAGCCAUCAUUAGGUUGAAAAAACAAAAUAAACCCAUCAGAGAGAUAGCAAAAACAUUAGGCGUGGCCAAAACAACUGUUUGAUACAUUCUUAAAAAGAAGGAACGCACCGGUGAGCUCAGCAACACCAAAAGACCCGGAAGACCACGGAAAACAACUGUGGUGGAUGACCGAAGAAUUCUUUCCCUGGUGAAGAAAACACCCUUCACAACAGUUGGCCAGAUCAAGAACACUCUCCAGGAGGUAGGUGUAUGGGUGUCAAAGUCAACAAUCAAGAGAAGACUUCACCAGAGUGAAUACAGAGGGUUGACCACAAGAUGUAAACCACUGGUGAGCCUCAAAAACAGGAAGGCCAGAUUAGAGUUUGCCAAACGACAUCUAAAAAAGCCUUCACAGUUCUGGAACAACAUCCUAUGGACAGAUGAGACCAAGAUCAACUUGUACCAGAGUGAUGGGAAGAGAAGAGUAUGGAGAAGGAACGGAACUGCUCAUGAUCCUAAGCAUACCACCUCAUCAGUGAAGCUGUGCUCUCUACUAGAAAAAUCCUGAAGGACAAUAUCCGGUUAUCCGGAUAUUCAAACUCAAUUGGGUUAUGCAACAAAACCAUGACCCCAAGUACGAGAGCAAGUCCACCUCUGAAUGGCUCAAAAGAAACAAAAUUAUGUUUUAGAGUGGCCUAGGUAAAGUUCGGAACCCAAUUACAAUACUGUGGUUGGAACUUAAAUGGGCAGUUCAUGCUGAAAAGCCCUCCACUGUGGCUGAAUUGAAGCAAUUCUGCAAAGAAGAGUGGGCCAAAAAUUCCUCCAUAGUGAUGUGAAGGACUGACUUCCAGUUAUCAGAAGGGUUUGGUUGCAGUUGUAGCUGCUAAAGAUGGUACUUUAAGGGGGCAAUUGCUUUUUCACAUGGGUGAUACAGGGGUAGUAUAACCUCUUUCAAUAAAUGAAAUGAUCAUUUAAAAACUGCAUUUUGUGUUUCUUCAUGUUCUCCUUUUCUCAUGUUACAUUUUUAUGAGGAUGUGAAACCAUUUAGUGUGACUAAUAUGCAAAAAUAGAGACAAUCAGGGAAAUACUUUUUCACAGCACUGUAGUUACUUAACUGCCUCAGCAAGAUGUUUGCAGCUGUGCUGUUUAUAAUUGGCAUGUACACAGCAGUGGGAUUCAACAUAUUCACAAAGCCAGUGAGCAAAUUUACAAAUGAUGAUCAAAGCAAUAUUCAAUCAAAGGACAGAGUUUUUGUUCCUUCUCCUACUUCUGGAGACGUUUUCAGAUGCGCAGAGAAAAACUGUUCUAGAAUAAAUGUUGCAGGAGUAACGAAAGGCCUGAGACCAGCUGUGUCUGUAACAUCCAGUUGGCGUGAAGAUAAGGAGCAGCUUCAUGUUUGUAACCAAGUUCGGACAAUUAAUUCAUCAACUGAGAAUUUCAAUGGAAACUGUACACACAUAUCUGAUCAUCAGGAAAAGAGUAAAAUUUACCCCAAUAAGUUGGUUUUACAGCUGCUGGAACAAAAAGCCAUGAACAGCAACAACAACAAUAACAAUAAAAACCAAGGCAGUCAAACAUCUCUUUAUCGAGACCACUGGAGGAAGAGAAGAGCUCUACAGAAUGACCCUAGCACUGAUACAGAUGAAGAAGAUGAAGAUGCAGGGACGGAGAUCACUUUUGUGCUGGAUGGUUCUGGUAGCAUUGAGCAGGAGGAUUUUGAAAGGGCCAAAGACUUUAUUUAUAAUGUGAUGAAAAAUGUUUGGACAACAUGUUUCAGUUGCAAGUUUGCAGUAGUGCAGUAUGGGAGAGAUAUAAGGACAGAACUCUCUCUGAAUGAAAACAAUGAACGUCUUAGAGCCUUGGAUAAGGUGAAGAACAUAAAACAAAUUCAUGCAAUCACCAAGACAGCUUCAGCCCUCUACCAUGUCCUCACAGACGUUUUUGUUCCUCAAAGUGGAUCAAAAGAGAACGCCAAAAAAAAGAUUAUUCUACUGUCUGAUGGAGAGAUGGCAGGAGAUGAAAGAAACCUCACAGAGGUAUUGAACAUGCCACAGAUGGAGGGGAUUGUUCGCUAUGCUAUAGGGGUGGGGCCAGAGGUUCUGAAUAAAACACAGGCAAUAAAAGAGAUGACAGAAAUAGCUGGCAGUGAAGAUAGAUUUUUCAGUGUUUGUAAUUAUGCUGCUUUGGAAAACAUUCUCUCUUCUUUGGAAAAAAGCAUAAUUAGGAUUGAAGAUGCAGGGACGGAGAUCACUUUUGUGCUGGACGGCUCUAGUAGCAUUGACCCGCAGGAUAUUGAAAGUGCCAAAGACUUUAUUAGUAACGUGAUGAAAAAUGUUUGGACAACUUGUUUCAGUUGCAAGUUUGCAGUAGUGCAGUAUGGGAGAGACAUAAGGACAGAACUCUCUCUGCAAGAAAAUAAUGACCAUCUCAGAGCCUUGGAUAAGGUGAAGAGCAUAAAACAGAUUUAUGGGAUCACAAAGACAGCUUCAGCCCUCUACCAUGUUCUCACAGACAUUUUUGUUCCUCAAAAUGGAUCAAAAGAGAACGCCAAAAAAAUGAUUAUUCUACUGUCUGAUGGAGAGAUGGCAGGAGAUGAAAGAAACCUCACAGAGGUAUUGAACAUGCGACAGAUGGAGGGGAUUGUUCGCUAUGCUAUAGGGCUCGGGCCAGAGGUUCUGAAUAAACCACAGGCAAUAAAAGAGAUGAUGGAAAUAGCUAGCAGCGAAGAUCGAUUUUUCAAGGUUUCUAAUUAUGCUGAAUUGAAAAACAUUCUCUCUUCUUUGGAAAAAAACAUAAUUAGGAUUGAAGAUGCAGGGACGGAGAUCGCUUUUGUGCUGGACGGCUCUGGUAGCAUUGAGCCGCCGGAUUUUGAAAGGGCCAAAGACUUUAUUAGUAAUGUGAUGAAUAAUGUUUGGACAACAUGUUUCAGUUGCAAGUUUGCAGUAGUGCAGUAUGGGAGAGACAUAAGGACAGAACUCUCUUUGAAAGAAAAUAAUGAACAUCUCAGAGCCUUGGAUAAGGUGAAGAACAUAAAACAAAUUCAUGCAAUCACCAAGACAGCUUCAGCCCUCUACCAUGUCCUCACAGACGUUUUUGUUCCUCAAAGUGGAUCAAAAGAGAACGCCAAAAAAAUGAUUAUUCUACUGUCUGAUGGAGAGAUGGCAGGAGAUGAAAGAAACCUCACAGAGGUAUUGAACAUGCCACAGAUGGAGGGGAUUGUUCGCUAUGCUAUAGGGCUGGGGCCAGAGGUUCUGCUGAAAAGGAAUGCAAUACAAGAGAUGAUAGAGAUAGCUGGUGGCGAAGAGAGAUUCUUCAGGGUUUCAAGUUAUGCUGCCUUGGAAGACAUUCUAUCUACUUUGGAAAAAAGCAUACUCAGGUCUGCAGGAAGGGGAAUACAGCUAUUCUGCCAUUCCUAGGAUUUUCAAAGGUCUGAUGCUCAGCCAGCUGGAAUUUUGGUUCCACCUGGCAGGGUGCAUGGGAGCAACACUCCUGAGUCCAGCUGGAUGUUGAGAGUAAUGAUAUGACAUAUAUAUAAACAGAUUAAUCGUGAACAACAAUAGUGAGCAACAGGAUGCACAUCAAAGUGAUAUUCAGUAAUCCAAUGACACAUGUACAAUGCAAAUUCAUUAAAUCCUUUUUACUUUAAGCUAAUACAACUCUGAAUAUAAAUUGGGAUUUAUGAUGAUCUUGAAUAACUAUUAUGACAAAGAUAAAAAAAAAAAAAAAAGAGCAGAACAAGACAUGGCUUUGCUAUAGAACUCUCAAGAGUUUUAGGUCAAUUUUGGAAACAUGCACGUCCGUGAGGCUCGACUGUCAUGUCCAAUACCAUCAAUCACCUCAUCAACCAUGCCAUUUUAUUUAUCACCAAAUAACUCCUAUAAAAUCCAUUUAUCAUAAGGAAAAAUAUUAGCAAGGAUAUUAAAGUCAACCAAACUUAAAAACGGUACACUAUUCUCUAAAAUAAUUUGUGGAGACGGAACUUAAAAUGGAAGUUUGGCUCAGUCUCCAUUCAUUAACAUGGGAAGGGGUGGGGUUAAAAUUGUACUGCAGCCAGCCACUAGACGGCCUCAGAAACUCAGAGACAUUAUGGCUUCACUUUUGACUCCCUGUUAAGACAUCCACCCAUAUACACAGUCAUUGCUUACAACUUAUACGUAAGUAUCAGAGGACAGGAAUAGACCAUCCUGCAGGUGAAUAUCCUCUCUCAUUUUUUGAAAGACAUUCACUUCUUAAGCCUAUAUGUAGACAAGAAUAUUAUAAAUUAGCUUAUGAAGAAGUUAUCUUGAAUUAUUAGUAAUCAGUUAUUUUGUUGUUGCCAAAGAAUAGGCUACCUUAUUAGACAUUCUUUGUAUUUGACUUUCUACUGAUGUAGUACCACACAAGAUGAUUUCACUGCUUGAUAUUUUUAAGAUAUAUUUGCAUUCAAAUAAACAAAAUUUUGAUUCUG